CUCGCCGCCGCGGCUGAGACCUAAAGCCCUGAACCCAAACCAUCUCCCGUCUCCCCUCCGCCGCCCCCCGCCCCGCCUCCCACCCAUGGCGCCCAGCGGUAAGUCCAGCCCCUCCGCCGACGCCGCGGCCUCCUCCACGGCGGACCGCAAGCCGUGGCGGCGGCCGCAGAUGAAGUCGAAGGCUGCGGGGAAGAAGAAGGCGGCUCAGGCGGCGCACAACAAGAAGCCCAAGUCGGGCGGGUUCGAGUCGAUGGGGCUGUGCGAGGAGGUCUACCGCGGGGUGCGCCACAAGGGCUACCGCGUGCCCACGCCCAUCCAGCGCAAGGCGAUGCCGCUCAUCCUCGCGGGGCUCGACGUCGCCGCCAUGGCCCGCACGGGGUCCGGAAAGACCGCCGCCUUCCUGGUGCCCAUGCUCCAGCGCCUCCGCCACCGCGACCCCGGCGCCGGCAUCCGCGCCCUCAUCCUCUCCCCCACCCGCGACCUCGCCACCCAGACGCUCAAGUUCACCCACCAGCUCGGCAAGUUCUCCGAUCUAAAAACCGGCCUAAUUGUUGGUGGAGGUAGUAUGGAGAGUCAGUUUGAAGUAUUGGCUGAUAAUCCCGAUAUAAUAAUUGCAACACCUGGUAGGUUUGAGCACAUCUUGUCAAUGGUUGAUGACUUGUCACUGCGAUCGGUAGAAUAUGUUGUAUUUGAUGAAGCGGAUUCCCUCUUUAGCUUGGGGUUCGCCGAGCAGUUACACAAAAUUCUACACAAGUUGAGUGAUACAAGGCAAACAUUGCUCUUCAGUGCUACUAUGCCGAAAGCCCUCGCAGAAUUCGCAAAAGCUGGCUUGCGUGAUCCUCAAGUCAUAAGACUUGAUUUGGACAAAAAGAUCAGCCCUGAUCUGAAGCUUGCCUUUUUCACACUGCGUCAGGAAGAGAAACUAGCUGCUUUGCUGUAUUUGGUCCGGGAGCGUAUCAGCUCUGAGGAGCAGACAAUGAUAUUUGUUUCAACGAAGUAUCAUGUAGAGUUCUUGAAUAUUCUUUUCCGAGAAGAGGGCUUAGAAGCUUCCCUUUCCUAUGGUGCCAUGGAUCAAGAAGCCCGCACUAUUCACAUUUCAAGAUUCAGGGCAAGGAAGACCAUGCUACUUAUAGUGACAGAUGUUGCUGCAAGGGGUCUGGAUAUUCCAUUGCUUGAUAAUGUAGUGAACUGGGACUUUCCUGCUAAACCAAAGUUAUUUAUUCAUAGAGUUGGCCGAGUAGCUCGGCAAGGUAGAACUGGUACAGCAUUUACAUUUGUCACUUCAGAGGACAUGCCAUUUUUACUGGACCUACAUCUCUUUCUUUCAAAACCUCUUAGACCUGCUCCAACGGAGGAGGAACUGCUGAAAGACAUGGAUGGAAUGAAUUUAAAAAUCAACCAAUCUCUUGCUGAUGGGGAAACGAUAUAUGGCCGUUUUCCUCAGACAAUACUUGAUCUUUGCUCUGAUGGAGUAAAAGAAGUCAUCAGUGGAUGCACAGAUCUGAUUGCAUUGGAAAAGCCAUGCGCCAAUGCUUUCCGCUUGUAUCUGAAGACCCGUGCUAUGCCUUCAAAAGAAUCUGUCAGAAGGGCAAAAGAUUUGCCUCGUGAAGGUCUUCAUCCAAUUUUCAGAGAUGUUCUUAGACCAGAUGAAAUUUCAGCUAUUGCGUUCUCGGAGCGGCUGAAAUCAUUUCGGCCAAAGCAGACUAUUCUAGAGGCUGAAGGUGAAGCUGCUAGAUCAAGAAGUUCUAAAGGUAGCAAUCAAUGGCUAGAUGUGAUGAAGAAGAAAAGAGAAGUCCAUGAGGGAAUCAUAAAUUUGGUGCAUGAACAGUCUGGUGAUCUGGCAACAAAGGAAGAAGAUACAGAAAACAUUUCUAAUUGGGAGAAAAAAGAAGUUUGUGGUAAGAAGCGGAAGUCACAGAGCUUUAGAGAUGAGGAUCACUACAUAAGUUCAGUGCCUCAAAACCAACAUUCAGAAGCUGGGUUGUCAGUAAAGGGAAAUGAAGGAUUUGUUCAAGAUAGAUUGGAUGCUGCUGUCCUUGAUUUAGUCGAUGAUGAAACUUCUGGAAUGCAAGCCCAGAAAACUCGAUAUCACUGGAUGAAGAACAAGUUUGUCAAGUUGAAUAAUGGGGAUCGUGUCACUUCUACAGGAAAGAUUAAAACAGAAAGCAGUGCAAAGUUAAAGGCGAGUAAAGAUAUCUAUAAGAAAUGGCAGCAGAAGUCACAUAGAGCAAUCAGUUCUGGUGGAAAAGAUGGUGCAGAAGGAGGCUCAUCCACACCAGCUGGCUAUCAAAGAGGAAACAGAAGAUACCCUGCAGCCGGUCGCGGACGUUCGUCUAUACCAAAUGCUGAUGUGCCAUCGGAGAUAAGAAAUCCCCAACAGAUGCGGAAGGGCAGGCAGGAAAAGGCGAUGCAAAAUCUGCGCAGGAAUGAGAGAUCUGCAAAAGACGGUAAAUCUCCCGGGAAGUUCCAGAAAAACAGGAGGCCUAAUGGAUCUGGAAGAGAUGAUAAAUUCCAAGACAGUAGAUCCCAGAAGAGCCGAAGACCAGACGGGAAAGGGAAAGGGGGCGGAAAAGGGAACGCCAAAGGGUUUGGUAAAGGUAAAGGAAAAGGAAAAGGCAACCCCAAAGGGAGGGGUACCAGGUGAAUGUUUGGCUACAAGAAAGAAAUAUUGUUGUAGAGCCAUCAGGAAAGAAGCACGCUACUCUGAUAUGUGGGGUGCUUGUUACUUGCCCUAGACCGUGUCCCUGGUUUUAUUCAUUUUCGUUUCAGUUCUACUGUGAUAGCCGGGGAAAUAACCAUGAUUUUGCCAGAUAUAUGUAACCGUGUUUGUUGUGACGAGAAGUAACCAUGGGCUCAAUUUGACACUAUUCCGCUUUGCCUGUGAGAUUUUGGUAAGCACAAUAGAGAAACUACUGAUAAUGA